CCGCAGACGACCGCAGACAGAAAUCGAGGUGACUGAACGUGAACACUUCCUUUUUGUUGCGUGUGUAAAUGGACAGUGAGCAGCAGUAUCCAGUAACUACAACGCAAUUAUUGGGUCAGAUGUUAGUUGCAGCCUAAUGUGAGGAGCAUAACUAAGAUAUGACAAAGAUUCGAAGGUGGAUUGAGUGAAACUUUGUCAUCGAUCCUCCCAGUACAUCCAUGUGUAUAAUUUUCUUCAAGUUUGACCCCCGGCCUGCGUCCAAAAAUGCCUACAGGCUAAUUUUGGCUGCAAACAGAGAUGAGCUCUACAACAGGCCGUCCAAAGCUGCCGACUAUUGGGGGACCAAUAGUGAGAUCCUCAGUGGCCUGGACCUGGAAAAUGGUAAGGAAGGUGGAUCAUGGCUAGGGAUCAGCAAGCGGGGCAAGCUGGCUGCAAUCACCAACUACAUGGAAGGACGGAUCAACCCUGAUGCACAAGGAAGAGGAUUUCUUGUGUCUAACUACCUUAUGGAUAAGGAUCAUGACAGCUACUCCUACCUGAAGAAGGUGUCGACAGAAAGCCACCUGUACAACGGCUUCAACCUUAUCACAGCGGAGUUCAAAGCCAAACAAGACAUUGUGUGUUACUAUGGAAACAGAGGCAGCCCUGAACCCAUCCAUCUAAAACCAGCAGGAAUCUAUGGCUUGAGUAAUUCGUUGCUGGACACGCCAUGGAGGAAACUGCUACAAGGCAAGCGUCACUUCACCAGCGUUGUCAGCGACCAGUCCCUGUCCUGCGAUGGACUGGUGCAAGAGCUGCUCAACGUCCUCAAUAAUGAGGAGCUGAACACACCUGAUCCAGCUCAGGAGAGCCAGGGGGAUGGCUACAGCAAGGACAUGAUCCAGGCUCUGUCAGCGGUGUGUGUUCGCUCCCCUCAUUAUGGCACAAGGACCAACACAAUUAUCCUGAUCGACGCAGAAGGCAAUGUGACCUUCACAGAGCGCACCAUGCCCAACUGUGACACAACAAGCAAAUGGAACACCAGUUCUUUCCAGUUCAAACUGCAGGUGUGAAGACGUGAUGGAGGAAACCCACUCUGUGCCUUUUACACCCCCCCACCCCCCCCAGCAGCUAUGCGAACGUGAACACUCAUCUGAACUUUUUCUACAGCUGGUCGGCACUAGCUGCCUCAUUGACAUCAGUGAUAUGUAUUUCUUAUUCUUAAUUUAAGGUAAAAUCUUUUGAAAAUGUGUUCUAAUUUAAAAGAUUGCCAAAGAACAUUUAUAAUUUUGUAGAGGACAAUAUUUUACCUACAUGUCACAAAACAGCAGGGUUGGGAUGCUUCAGUAAGUACAAUUACAUUACAGAUUGCUGGUGGACUGCUUUGAACUGCAAUCAAAACUAAUAUUAUUUUAUUAUUGUUGGUGUCAGAUUUAUCUUUAAAUCCAUGAUAUGGAGUGAAUAAUAUGCUUUAUGCACAAUUUCCAAUUUAAAAUUAUUUUCUGUUAAACACAAUGGGAAUUCAUGGGGUUGCCCGUGGUGUAAUCUUAAAUUCACAGUAAUUGUCAGAGAUUGCCAGCUACUUUUUAAAUUCCUGAUACUGUAGCCCUGUUACAAUUAAUGCAUUAGUUAUGCCCCAACUCUGCACCACAGUGGUCUCAGUGUUGCGUACAACACAUUUCAAUGUGAAAUGCAGAAAGUUUCAGGCUGUGGAUCUCUGACAACUUCUGUGGUUGAAUAAUGCCUUUUACAGCUGCUUGACAAUAAAAACAAUUUAUCUAAACGCUAGCAUUUGGCUUACAUAUUGUGAAUGUUGAAUUAAUAGACAAACACACAUUGAGAAACCCACAUUUUUUAGUAACCAGAUGUGUUCAUACACCUGUCUGUUGAUUUCUGCUUUUUACUUUAAAUCAAAAAGACAGCUGGUUCUCACGAACACGCGUUACUCAUACAGAGAUUGGGAUGCUAAUUCAACAGGAAAAAUAUUCAUACUGAAGAUGUCUAUGUGCAAAUAUUUAAUAUAUUUUAUCAAUUCAUAGGAGCCCUCUAUAAAUUCUGCACUGAAAGAGUCUUAAAGUGUAGAGGGGUUAACCAGUGUUCCCCUCGAUUGUCAUCUCUUUAGGUACACAAAAGCACAAGAACAAACACUUGCUAUGACUUGUGAAUCUUUUUUUUUUUCUGUAGAGGAGAGCGGGGUGAUUUGAGCCUGUGGUGAGUCACCCAUCCAUUUUACUCGCCCUGUGAUGGACAGAAGUCCAUCAAAUAAGUCAUGAGCACAUUUAGGUUACAAAAAUGGGGUUUUUUUGCCAUUUAAAGUGAGUUUUUAUGUUCAACUACAUGAUUCUUGUGUCUCAACAAUUAAAGAGAAGUUUGAAAAAAUCUAAUGUGUUAGUGCUGUAGGAAGUCACAAUAUGAGGCUAUACUGUUAGCAUGACGUUACCUCUAAACUGCUGGCUGACACUAAAAUGACAGAUGGGUUAAAUUGAGCCAGCUAUCAUUAAUCAUUUUUAUAAUUAUGUGACAUGAAUUGUAAACCAGAAACCAUCGUGCUUCUAUAAAUGGAAGACAGACAGGGCUUCAACUCCUCUUGUGGAUUUGGACAGAGCAGUGGGAGAGAUAAGAACGGGAAGUCCAUACGUCAGGUGGCACGCCACAUGAAGAUCAACAGGAUGGCUUUGAAAUGAUACACUGAUAUGAAAUAAAUGAAACAUCAAAAAUAAAGCUCCAAUGUUUCACAA